CCUGUGUAUCGCCGUCCUGUACGUCACCGAUACGGCGAUACGCAAGAUACGGCAGCGAUACGGGUAUCCGUGGGGUAUCGUGAUUUUCGAUUUAAAACAAAAGAAAAAAAAUGCCGAUACGCCGCCGGGACGGCGCCGACACGCCGGCGACACGGGAAGCCCAGUAGAGGCCCACUCCGCCGCUCGCAAAGUCGUAACCCUAAACAGCCAGCACUCUCUCUCGCAGUUUGCUAUGCGGCAGAUUGGAUCGAGGAUUCAGGUGCGACCGCACGAGUGCGCCGCCGAUGCCUGGAUUCCGUCGCGGCCAUCUGGACUCGCCUCGCCGCCGCUUGGAGUGUCCGCCGCCGCCGCCUGUUGGCCGUCACCAGCAAGGGAGUGAAAUACCGACAAUGUCAUCUGCAGGCCAAUCUUCAGUUGAGAGGCUGGGAAGCAUCAGUCAUGUAUUAUUGGCAUGGGGAUUCAGUAAAUUGAUGAUCAUUCAGUCAUGAAGACGACUUGAUGAAAAGAGGCAUGAAUGCAACUUAUGGGGCAGUACUUUGAUCUAUUAUUCUUUGUCUUUAUAGCAUGCAAUUUACUAAUUAUUUAUAUAUACUUGCCGUAUAGCCGUAUUGUUGUUUUUGAAAAUUGCUGUAUCCCGUAUCGCCGUACCCGUAUCGCCGUAUCCGUGUCGCCGUAUCGGUGCUACGUAGGACCUGACUAGCAUUUUUAGGCCUCAUUUUUCACUGGAUGCAUUUUUUGGCCUCCUUGAGGGAACAACUGGAAAGAAAGAAAUUUUCAGGCUAGGCAGUAUGUACCCAGAGCACAUUUCAAGUGAAGUCGGUUGGUAGUCAAGCUACCAGUUAAUCCCGGGUGUUGUGAGCUUGGAUCUUUUCAUUUUUCAGUUAUAUUUGGCAUUGCCUUAUUGUUCCCGAGGGUCUGUCUUCUGUUAUUUGAUUGAGCUUACAACCUCCCACCUUGAUCUCAUUCUUAGGCAGGAGCUACUGCAUUUGUUAGAGCCAAUUGUUCUCAGAUUGGAGCUAAAAGAACCACAUAUAAUUGAUCAUGCAGAAUUUUGUGGCCGCAGGUGAUUUAGUUGUCUGUUGGUGUGUUUCUGUUAUCAAUUUUCGUGUAUCAUUGCCAGAUGAUCAAUCAUGUCUGUUCACAUCGGAUAUCAUUCUCUGAUAUUUGUUACUACAAUUGCAUGAGGUUGUCACACACCACAAAUGAGAAGUUAACGAUGCUGCCAUAGUCUCGCUAAAUCACGUGUCGCGUCGGCUCCUUGCGCACCGCCUCCCAGCCCUCUGACACGCGUGCCCGACACGCCCAAAAAGACGAUACAUGUGGCACCCGCUCCCCCGCUUCGCUUCCACUGCCCCCACAUAACCGCUGACAAGGGCGACCGCUUCAAACUUGAAAUAUCCCGUACAUCGCCGCCGUUGCAUUCGCAGGCUGCUGCUGCUGCUGCUGAUCGACACGAUGGACGGCGAGCCCCGGUGGCACAACAGCUUCCCCAGCAACGUCAGGAAAGAGCUCAUUCACAGUCUCGGCAGCUCCACCAAGGAAGCCUCGCCGCAGUCCGACCUGUGGACCGGAGGCCUCGUCUGCGCCUUCGAGUUCGUCCGCGGCCACGGCUUCGCUAGCCCGCCCAAUCUCUCACGGAACAACUCCUCGCAGUACUCCAAAGACCAUUCAGCAGCCAUGGAUCCCACGAAGCUACCCAUCACAAAGUUGGGAGACGUUUCAUCUCAAGGUUCGGAGGACGGCGAGGAGCCGGGGCCGGCGUGCAAGCACGGGAAGGCGUCGCCGGAGAGCUACUGGGUGCCCAUCGGGUGGAGGAGGAUAGCGGAGCUGGUGGAGAUGGUGGAGGGGGACGCGGCGUGGGACGGGCAGGGGAUGGGCGGCCUCAUGGACGACGGCGACCAGUGCUGCGAUAUCACCGUGGCCGAUGUCGCCGCGCCGUACUGGCAGAGGCCGGCGGGGCCGACCUGGUGGUGCCACGUGACAGCGGGACACCCGGCGGUGGACGCCUGGCUUGCCGGGGCGCGAUGGCUGCACCCGGCCAUCCGCGUGGCGCUCAGGGACGAGAGCAUGCUCAUCAGUGAGAAGAUGAAGCAUCUACUGUAUGAGGUCCCGGUUAGAGUUGCAGGUGGUUUGCUGUUCGAGCUAUUGGGCCAGUCCGUGGGCGAUCCGGCCGGGGACGAAGAUGACAUUCCUAUUGUGCUCCGUGCAUGGCAAGCUCAAAAUUUUCUUAUAACAGCGCUUCAUGUGAAAGGUUCUGCGACCAACAUUAACGUCAUAGGGGUUACAGAGGUUCAGGAGCUUCUUUCUGCAUGUGGAAGUACAGCUCCUAAAAGUAUCCAUGAAGUUGUAGCGCAUUUGGCUUCCCGCCUUGCUCGAUGGGAUGACAGAUUGUGGCGCAAAUACGUGUUUGGUGCAGCCGAUGAAAUUGAAGUUAAAUUUGUAAACAGGAGGAAUCAAGAAGACCUAAACCUGCUGUGCAUAAUAUUUAACCAAGACAUUAGAAGGUUAGCCACUCAGGUUAUCAGGGUGAAAUGGUCACUGCAUGCUAGAGAGGAGAUAAUAUUUGAGCUGCUCCAGUAUCUGAGGGGAACCGCCACCAGGUUCUUGCUUGAAGGUAUCAGGAAAGACACAAGGCAAAUGAUAGAAGAGCAAGAGGCUGUCCGUGGCCGGUUGUUCACCAUCCAGGAUGUGAUGCAGAGCACUGUGCGUGCCUGGUUGCAGGAUAAGAGCCUUCGCAUCACGCAUAAUUUGACCAUUUUUGGUGGGUGUGGCCUCAUUCUGUCAAUCAUCACCGGAUUGUUUGGGAUCAACGUGGACGGCAUCCCAGGAGCUAAAAACACUCCAUAUGCUUUUGCAUUGUUCUCCGGGCUUCUGUUCCUGCUUGGGUUCAUGCUGAUCAUCGUCGGAAUCAUCUAUUUCGGCCUGCAGAAACCGGUCAGUGAUGAGCAGGUCCAAAUGAGGAAGUUGGAGCUCCAGCAGCUAGUCUCCAUGUUCCAGCACGAGGCCGAGACACACGCUAAAGUGAGAGAAGGAGUCCUGAGGAGCGACUUGCCUCCUAGAGCAGCUGAUCUCAUCUAUGAUAAAGCGCGUAAACUUGGAAGGUAUUUUUCGUUUGAAGCAAAGUGUGAGCCAGCGCUUCAGGGUUACCACUUGGUUUCGCUUUGCACCCUGUAGUGGCGAGAUGUGAGGUGAAGAGAGCAGCUGCAAAUGCGGUUGGUUCGUUGCAGCGUGUAGACAAGUUCUGAAGAAACUCCCAAGCGUGUUGCAGAUCAGUUUUCCUUUUCAAAGGGACGGCACACGGCAGCCUUUAAGACGAAGAUCUACCAUCGUCGCAUCUCUGUAAAGUCUACGUGUGUGUGGUACCACUAGCUACGGAUGUAGUGUUUCCUCGAGCAAUCACUCUCAUGAUCAGGUGAUAUUCACGUGGCCAGAGCCCUCGAUGUGAUUCUUAGCUUUACUUUGACAUGGACAGCAAAACAGGGAGGCCGAUGUUUUUUCUUUUUUUUUUUUGACAAGGGGGGUAUUCCCUCGGCCUCGCGGCCAUCUUCUUAAAAGUGCCAAUCAAAACAAAGUCUGACAUCCA